ACACAAUAAUUUAUCACAACGUCCUCCAACAUACGAUGCUCUUGCAAAAUGUCACCCAGACAUACCGAGCGACCCAGCAAGUCUCUCGAUUGAUCGCUCCUCGCUUUCAUCCACUCACUAGAACGCUUCCGAGUGCAAAUAUUAAUCGAUGUUAUCUUUCGACUCAGCCCACACCUCCCGCUACGACAGCUUCCACCUCUAGCUCUGUUCAACCUAUUGAGCAGAAAACGAAAACAAGUCAAGUGGCUUCAGAAGAAUGCGAAAUUAAACCGAAAACUACUCAUUAUCGAGUCACUUUAUUUCGAUCUGCAAUCGGUCUACCCAAGCCGAAACGAGAUACCCUGGCUUCGCUAGGACUCAAGAAAAGAAUGAAUACAGUCUAUCAUCGACAUUCACCUGAUGCUGCCGGUUUAAUUCUCAAUGUUAAAGAACUUCUCAAAGUCGAAAAUGUCACAGAAGAGGAAAUGAAGAUGGCUGUGAAUAGUAGUCGACGAUUGGUGGGAGAUGAUCGGGGUUAUCGUCGGCUUUAUAACGUUCGCGAUCUAUGAGGAUCUCAUGAAGCACAGUUCCCCUUGAUAUCACUUAUAUUACAUGGGUCCUUGUAUGUCGUGCGGAAAGAGUUCGUUGACUAGAUUCUUAUUACAUUCACCACAAUUUUUAUACCUCCGAUCACAUUUUUAAUUAUACCGAUACGCUGGGCCGUUAAAGACUUGUCUGUCGUAUGCCCGAUGUUUUGCCUUUGAUAUCACAAAAUUUCUCAUGUGAACUUGGCCUCCGAGCCUUCUGCAACUCAAGUUUUGUAGACUUUUCUUUCUGCAUUGUAUUCAAUUUGUUGAAAGAACGACAAUG